AUGUUCCGUGUACAGAGACUGAGUCGGAAGGUCAUCCACAUCGGCACGGGCCCCAUCUUCCUGCUGACGUGGAAUCUUUUCAGCGACGCCCCAGAGUCGCGCUACUUUGCAGCAGCGGCGCCCCUUCUGGUCACCGCAAACUUCUUCCUCCUUGGGAUCGGCGUGAUCCGUGACCCCCGGGCGGUGGCCUCCAUGAGCCGAAGAGGCGAUCCGGCGGAGAUGCUCCGGGGCCCCUUAUACUACGGCAUCGUCUUCCUGGUCGCCACGACCUUUUCUCACCCAAGUCCGCCGUUCGUAUGCGACCUCUCACUCGUCAUGUUACGAAGCACCUGCAAUUCUUGGCGGUUGCAAACCAGCUUGAAGAUUGCAAACGCGCCCUGGCAGCUCGUGUUCUGGCGGAACUCCCCCCUGGGCGUGCUGGGGCUCUCGGCGCUCUGCGGGGGCGAUGGCCUGGCGGAGGUUCUUGGGAGGAGAUAUGGAAGGGCGAAGCUACCAUGGUCGCAAUCAAAAACCUACGUCGGCUCGUCAGCCAUGUUUCUUGGGAGCUUCGUCUUCGGGUUGGCAGCUCUGGUGUACUUCAACUAUAGGGGGAACUUUGAUCGGGAGCUGUCGCUUUGCGGCGCCGCACUGUUCGUUUGCGUGCUCAGCUUCGCGGCGGCAGCCGUUGAGAGCUUCCCUUAUCGGGACGUUGAUAACAUAACCGUGCCGCUUGCAGUGGUCGUUUUGGGGCAUUGGCUGUUACCGUUGGCAGAGUCCCGGGGCACACUCGCUCCGAAAGAUCAAACGCACCUCCCCAAGCUUGGCGUCCAACCCGCUGUACUGCAACCUGACGCCCAUCAGGCUGUCCACGAGGCUCCCGACCAGUUCCGCCAAAGCCGCCAGAGGAAGCGCCCGCCACUGCACCGCUGUUCCUUCAGCUUCGGACGCUCAAGUGGUUACAACCCAACGGCGUGGAAGAUGACGCCAAUAAAAAGCCCUCCGGCCGCGCUGGCGGCGGUGCCCAGAGGGCAUACGCCCCCGUUGGUGCCCGUUGGAAUCACCUGCGUCAUCGAGUUGCCGUGA